UUGCUUUACCAAACUUUAAAUAAAUUGAUUUAUAUAUAAAGAAGACUUUAGAACUUUUUCCUCCUUAAAGUUAUGCUUUCUAAAUCCUCUUUUUAACGUUUUUAUUCUCCCACUCUUUUAAAAACCUGCCAUUUCAAAAAUUGGCCAGUUAAUAUAUGCAGUAUGAUUAAUUUAAUUUGGUCUGAAUCAUUAGUCAGUAAUGGCUUCCUUUGAUCUGUCCAUAAUACUUUUUUUCCUUAGGAGAUCUGUUAACAGACUUUAAUCUCCCCAUCAUACCUGUGAAGAUGGAAAUAUGAAGUAUUCUAGCUGCUGGGUUUGGCAAUGGUUUAUAUAAGAAAAUCCAACUCUGUGUCCAAGGCUAAAACUGAUUAAAUUCAUAUCAGUUGUGAAGAGCUGGUUGGGAUAUAAGCAGAAUAUGCUUGGUGAAAGGGGGUGUGAGUGAGUGAGAGAGAGAGACAGUGAUAACAAAGGUUACUUACAAGUCCCUCACCGCUUGGUCCCUUCCCCAUUGUCCCUAUUCUUUUUGUCUUGCUUUUCUACAGAAUAUACAGGAAAUGAAAAUGACAAUGAAACUGUGCCUGAGACAUCUGCAGGUGGCGAACUCCACAUGGCUCAGUUUUUCCGAGGCAAUCUGGCUGGAUUAAUGAUCCGGUCUGGUAAACUGGAGAACAAGAAGGUGAUAGACUGCCUCUAUACCUGCAAGGAAGGAUUAGAUUUGCAAAUUGCUGAUGGCAUUGGCAAAGGCAUGAAGAUUAAUGUGAAUCCCAGCCAGUCAACAUUGACCUUGGAAGGGGAUGAUAUUGACAGGUUUGACAAAGCCAUGCAGCACAUUUCCUACCUGAAUUCCCGCCAGUUCCCAACACCUGGAAUCCGGAGGCUCAAAAUCACCAGCAAUGUCAAGUAUGUCCUAGUGUAGAAAAAUGCAUCUAUACAUAAGGAUAUUGGGGGCUUGGAGAAAUAAACUUAAACAAAAUUCUUUAUUGCAGUGGUCACUAAUGCAGGCC